GCGAGCCAAGGCGGGCACUGCUAACCUCCACCACCGACGCAUGCAAAUAUUCGCAUCCCCUCUCCUAUCGUCGAUCGGCUUUGAUGCAUAUGUAUAUAUGCAACGGUACGACGAAAGAGCACGGAGAUCAACCAACAACCCAUUUCCAUUCCAUUCCAUUCCAUUCCAUUCCAUCCCAUUUCCAUCCAGGUUCCAGGGUCCAGAGAUCAUUCGAUAGGGACAAGUAGAAGGAAGAGCAACAACUUGUGCGUCCCAGAUUAGAUCGAGUAUUAGACCAGCUGCUGCUGCUGCUGCUUCCUUGAUAGACGACGUGACGGCAUCCGGUUGAUCCAUAUGAACGGUAGCGGUAAUAACAGGAGGAUGAGCGAGAUCGUCUUCUUCGACGUGGAGACGACGGCGCCGUCGCCGGCGGGCCGGUGGUGGCUGCUCGAGUUCGGCGCCAUCCUCGUGUGCCCCAGGAAGCUCGUCGAGGUGGCCAGCUACGAGACGCUCAUCCGCCCGGGGGACCUCUCCGCCGUCUCCAGGCGCUUCACGGACGUCGAGGCCAUCGCCUCCGCGCCCACCUUCCGGGAGGUGGCCGACAAGAUAUUCGAAAUCCUCGACGGCCGCGUGUGGGCCGGCCACAACAUCCAGCGCUUCGACUGCCCGCGCCUCCGGGAGGCGUUCGCCGACAUCGGCCGCCCGGCGCCGGAGCCCGCCGGCGUGAUCGACUCCCUCAACGUGCUGGCCGCCGAGUUCGGCCGCCGCGCCGGCGACCUCAAGAUGGCCACCCUGGCCACCUACUUCGGCAUCGGCACGCAGAAGCACCGCAGCCUGGACGACGCGCGCAUGAACCUCGAGGUGCUCAAGCACUGCGCCACCGUCCUGCUGCUCGAGUCCACCCUGCCGCAGGCCAUGCAGCUGGCUGGCCGCGACGGCGCCGUCACCAGGAGGAGCGGCUCCACCGCCUCCGCCGCUCAUCACCGGCCCGCCAUGUCGCAGACCAAGCUACCCUUCGCCCCUGUGAAGGCCGUGCCGGCGGCUGGCACUGCUCACAAGAGCGGCGGCAAGCGGGAUAGCCUGGGCAAGCCGGUGGGGAGGGCGGCCAACGCCACCAGCAAUAAGCCGGUGGCAGAAGCCGCUGCUGCUCCAGCAGCAUUGAGCGCCAGGCCGCCCAGGCGCCCAACGGCGGUGACGCCUUUCCACAUGAUCCUCAGGCACUCCAGGGCCAUCCUCAGAUAAUGGAUGCCCUACUGCAUGAUGCUUGCAACCGUGCUGUGCUUGGGGAAAACAUGGAGCUGACAGAUUUGAGCUCGGUCCAUCUUUUCCCCAGCUCGCAGUCGCAGCAUACUAAAUCGAAGAUCCAUUCGAUCGGUCCAUCGACUAAUUGGAUUCAUUUGUACAGAUCAAUGAUUCGUUUCAUCCAAGCACCUGAUUCAGUUACCUGUUCAUGUACAUGCAAGCAGCAAGCUAGUUGAAUGACUCAGAUCAUUUAGGUUGAUGUUCUUGUAUUGGUUCAUUUGUAAAUUGAUUGACAUAGCACGCCAUUCUUUAUUCCAUUUGUAAAUCUCUUCCCAUGUCCAGUACCAUUGGCUGUUGUAAAUUAUGUACAACUAUGUUGUUGCAAA